AUGCCUGUCACUAAAUUCAGCCAUCCCGACCCAUACACAUACCAGACGGGCUUCGACUCACACCACGAGUCGGAAGCUGUCGAGGGCGCUCUACCCAUCGGCCAAAACUCUCCACAGAAAGCCCCAUAUGGUCUCUACGCCGAGAAGCUCUCGGGCACGGCAUUCACUGCCCCGCGCCAUGAGAACAAGCAAACAUGGGUCUACCGCAUUUUGCCUGCAGCAGCCCACGAGAAUUUCAUCGAGGAAGAAGCCGACUCUUACCACACUAGCAUGACAACUGAGACCCACAAGCUCCACCACAUUCCCAACCAGCUGCGAUGGAACCCCUUCGAUCUAGACGAGAACGCCGACUGGGUGCAUGGACUCCAUCUGAUCGCAGGCUCAGGAGAUCCAACUUUGAAGCAAGGAUUGGGUAUUUUGAUGUAUGCUGCCGGCAAAGAUAUGGGCAAGGAGGCCUUUUACUCCGCAGAUGGAGACUUCUUGAUUGUGCCCCAGCACGGUGUGCUGGACAUCCAAACAGAGCUCGGCCGUAUUCUCUUGCGACCAAAUGAGAUUUGCGUGAUCCCUCGCGGUGUCAGAUACCGAGUAACUCUCCCCGACGGCCCCGUUCGCGGCUACAUCUGCGAACUGUACCAAGGCCACUACCAGCUCCCCGAACUGGGACCCAUUGGAUCCAACUGCCUGGCCAAUGCACGCGAUUUCCAAGCUCCUGUUGCGGCAUUCGAUGACGAAGAGGAGAGCGAAUACAAGCUGUACAGCAAAUUCAACAACACGCUCUUCUCCGCACGUCAGAACCACACCCCCUUCGAUGUCGUCGCCUGGCAUGGCAAUUACUACCCCUUCAAGUACGAUCUUGGUCGGUUCAAUACCAUCGGCUCGAUCUCAUUUGACCACCCCGAUCCUUCUAUCUUCACCGUUCUGACAGGUCCCUCCGACCAUGUUGGUACUGCCAUUGCCGACUUUGUGAUUUUCCCUCCUCGCUGGCUCGUUGCAGAGAACACUUUCCGUCCUCCUUGGUACCACCGUAACACCAUGUCAGAGUUCAUGGGCUUGAUCGCUGGUGAUUACGACGCCAAGGUUGGCGGUGGCUUCCAGCCUGCUGGUGCUAGUUUGCACAAUGUCAUGAGCGCACACGGUCCUGACUCCGGUGCUUUUGAGGGAGCCAGCAAUGCUGAGUUGAAGCCUCAGAAGGUUGGAGAUGGAAGUUUGGCUUUCAUGUUUGAGAGCUGCCUGAUGGUUGGUGUUUCCGAGUGGGGUCUGAAGAAAUGCCAGAAGGUGCAGCCAGAGUACAACGAGCAUAGCUGGAAGCCUCUGAAGCGACACUUUGUGAACCCUAACAAGAAGGCUUAA